AUAGCUACUUACUACCAUCUUCACCGCGACAACCGACCGUGCGCCGGCGCCGACCACUUGCUCGCCUCAUCCAAACCGCACUGACGAUAGCGACCUACUCCGACCCGACCAGAGACGCGAUACCCUCAGAUAGACAAAUUCCGCAUUCGGGACAUCCAAAACCAUGUCCACCCCCUCCGAUUCUUACGUCCUCCACGACCACUCCCCGUCAACCGACAACGAUGAUGUCGACUCCCUCCCGUCCAUCUCUAGCAGUAUCCUAGACUCUGACGACUCCGAGUACGACGACGAAUCAGACGCACAAAAGGAAUGGGAACAGAGUCUCGAGCAGCUGCAGCUUCUCUUGAACUUGGUGCUAAUACCGUUCGCGGGCAAGUUUUUGGGGCGCAAGUUUGCUUAUUGGAGUUGGGGACGGUACAUGGAGUGGGCGCACGGGGUCAAGGUCCAAUGGUAUAACAAGACGCUAUUCAACAUUGCCGGUUGGAUAGGAGCUGCUACGCCAGUAUCAGUAUGAGGGAGGCAGAUAGGCGACCGUGGUAAUGAGGUACUCGAGUCAAAGGCGACGGCAGCACAAUUCUCGAUACCAUACGUUUUUCGGUAUAAUCUGGGAUACCAGGGGUGGACAUAGUGCUCUUUUGGCGUUACGGUAUGGGAACACUAGCAUAAAGGGGUAUGUUUCGUUCUUGCACAGUUUGCGUUGGUGGUGAAGAAUCACAGACAUGUGUAGAAUGCAUGUGGACUGUCAUUAUACUUGUGGAAGCAAGCGUUGAAGCUCUGCGGAUACUGAUCAUCAGACAAUGCCAAUUAUACCAAUUACUAUUGCUGA